CAAAACCAAUCCUAUGUAACGCAACGCCGCUUUCCCGGGCGACUCUGCAUUCUAAAUCUCGCGCUCCCACGCAUGCGUGGUUUGCCUCUCUUUCCGGAAGACGGUAAUGUUUUGGUUCUGAACGCUGAAUCGUCCACACAUGCAUGGCUACGUUGACUGUCACUGUCAUAUCUCUGCGGGGGAUUUUGACAAGGACAUAGAGGAGGUGGUAGAGAACUCCAAAAAGGCAGGGUUAUUGGCUUUGUUAGCAGUGGCCGAGCAUGCAGGAGAAUUUGAAAAGAUCAUCGAGCUGUCACAGAGGUUUCCAGGAUUUAUCUUCCCCUGUUUAGGUGUUCAUCCUGUUCAAGAAGUUUCCCCAGAGAAACAAAGGGGGGCAACUGCACAGGAUCUUGACGCUGCUCUACCCAUUAUAGAGAAAUACAAAGAACACCUUGUGGCUAUUGGGGAGGUUGGUUUAGAUUUUACACCCAGAUAUGUCAGCAGUGACUCUGAUAAAGAGAGCCAAAGACAGGUUCUUAUCCAUCAGGCACAGAUAGCCAAGGAGCUGGAUCUCCCUCUAAAUGUUCAUUCAAGAUCAGCAGGAAGACCCACCAUCCAACUCCUCAAAGAGCAGGGUGUCGAAAAAGUCCUACUUCAUGCUUUUGAUGGUAAACCGUCUGUCGCCAUGGAGGGGGUGAAGGCUGGAUAUUUCUUUUCUAUCCCACCAUCCAUAAUACGGAGUGAACAGAAGCAGAAACUUGUGAAACAGCUGCCAUUAGAGAACAUCUGCCUGGAAACUGAUUCACCUGCUCUUGGGCCAGAGAAGCAGGUGAGAAAUGAGCCCAAAAACAUCAGUAUCUCUGCUGAGUACAUCAGUAAGAUUAAAGGAGUGUCGCUGCAGAUGGUGAUGGAGGUGACGACACAGAACGCUCUCAGACUCUUCCCAAAGCUAAAGGCUGCCAUCAAACCCUGACAAAGACUUAAAGAGUCAAGUCGUAUGGCUGGAUUAUUUUUAACACAUCCAAGUACCUAAACAUGGAAGUCUGUUAUACUGGGAUAUCCUGGAGUGAAAAUAAAUAACAGUGUCAGAGGCUUCAGAGGGACAUUAUAGUGGACUUGAUGACUUAAGGACAUGUAUUUAUGUUUAUCAUCUCUUAAAUAAAGGCAGAGGAUGGAACAAUUUA